AUGUGUUUGCCCAGGCUAUUAAAAAUCGAUAAGAUAGAGCUAUCUCGAAGAAUUAACGAUACUAUGGUUUAUAUCCCGGAUACGGAUUUUGAGCCGAAGUAUUUAACGAAGAAACUAGCUUCUUCUGAAUACGAGGUGAAUCAUAUUAUUAUGAUAAAAAGCGUGAUGGUGUACGUAGAGUUUUGUGAAGGACACUACAACCUUGCUUUUCAAGGGUUCCGAUGGAUAUUGCAGGUGAUCCAUGAGCUGCGGAAAUACUCGCAGCUUAUGAAUUCUCAUAUUGUUUCAUCUUUGCAUUAUGAGCGAUCUUUAUCUUUGUAUGCGUUGCAAUCGUUGAUAUUGGAUCCUCAGGCUCAUGUGCCGAAGAACCCUAUGGCGAAGGUUAAGAAUAGCAGGUUGGACUUGGUUGAAGGCCUUCUCACAAAUAUCUUGGAAUGUACUUUUUCGUACGAUAUGGCAUAUAGGUCUUUGAAUGAUCAAUUUAUGAUGAGCCAGUUGUUCUUCACAUUUGGGGGGACAUAUGAGACAAUGGCCAUCUUAACUGGGACCUUAACACCGUUUCAGCAUGGUUCAGAUGCCCCUUCCUAUGCUGUGAAGCCGAAUAAACAGCAUUUAGGUUCAAUGAUCAGGAAGUAUAUACUAGCUGCUACAUUAUCACUUACUGGAGAUGACACUACUGUUGUUUUGAGCUUACAAAAGGUAUUAACAGGCUUGUUUUUGUUCGGAGGAGUGGAUAUUGCACAUUUGCACUUUUUCUAUGAGGCAUUGAAGCACUUCAAGAUGAAAUCAAAGUCCUUUGAUCCUGAUCCAAAGCAAAUGAGAUGUGCCAAUGUCAAAUUGACGAUGCACUGUCUUGAACUUAUCAGGCAGGUCGUUACAUACUGGCAAAAAUCCAAUGUUAAAAAGUCGUCUUCUCCACUGGUACUCGUGAUGCCUUCUACUGAUGAGGUUGUGUUGGUUGAAAGUGGAUCUAAGAAGGAGCCCGAGAAGCAGGAAGUUCAUACGUAUAGCUUAUUCAUGACAUCACUAAAAUUAAAAGCAAGUAACAAAACUCGGUUUGUAGAUAGUAAAGUCGAUGAGGGUACUAAUCUAGAAAGCUUUGAAUUUGUGAAGUUUUGGGAACAAUGCUACAUAGAACAUCAAGGUGGAGUUCCAGAUCACUUAGCUCGAUUAUUAAAUACACUAUAG